UCCUUAAUCUGGCUGCGAGUCUCUCUUUCUCUCUCUCUCUCUCAAUUCCGCGCUUGCGAUGGGGAAACUGAGCUCGAGCCGCUGGUCGCCGGCACGGCCGGCCUAUCUCUUUUCUCGUAGGGACGGCUUACUCUUUCUCUUUGCCAUCAUCUCUGUCAUCUGCCUCGUUACCAACGAACUCUCUCGUAAUUAUGUUCUCGCCGCCGAUUUCGAGGGAUUCGACACUGACGAAUUCGAAUACGAUGAAGACACCAACGACGCUAUCCAUUCCCAGACUCUCAAUCCAGCCUCUCCUUCCGCUACCACCCUAACCCAAUCCUCGGAAGCCGAAUCCCACCACGUCCUCACACCACCAUCUGCAGUCGAAGAUUCCCCUGCCGUCGGCAUCGAACAUGGCGGAAAACCACAUGCCUCUUCCGCCCUCGAAUUCUGGGACGACGAAGAGUUUGAGGGUGUUCCCUUUCAAAUCGCUGAUCCAAGCCGUGAUUCGCCGGUACCGCCCUCGGAGCCGUCUGCAUAUACUGAAGCUGUAGCUGACACCCGCUUGCCGACCCCGCAUCAGCCUUUCUCCUUGAGCUCAUACACGAUCGAAAUCGUGUGUAUCAGUUUUCUCAUUGCAUUCGCUGUAAAUUUCUUUAUCGGAAAACGACAGAACGAGUUGAUCGCGCUCUGCUGGGCUUCCCAGUUCGCAACUAAGGACUCGAUCUUUGUCAAGAAUUUUAGUCUCUUGGGGACCGGUGACGGCAAGGAGGACGCUCCCCUACUUCUCAAGGAGGGGCAGGACGUGUUCAAGUUCUAUGCGAGUGGACGGAGGUUCUGCCAGGGUCUACUUGCUAUCAUGGAGCUGCAGAGUCGACAUGAUUUGAUUGCAAGGCUGACGGAUCUGCUGUUCAACAAGAAGGAUACAAUCACUUUUGAGGUUGUGAUGAACGAGGAUGCCAUGGACCAUGUUAUCCUUGCGGUUGCAAGAAAGAAGAUGGCGAAGUCUAUGCACAAGGAAAGCAGGGAUCUCCAGAGAUUUGCCACAGUGAUGACAACAACUCCUUCUGGGAGAAAGUGGGUAGCUGAGGACUUGGUGGUGGUUACAGAGUCGAAGGAGGUGGCAGGGGAUUUGAUAACAGAUGCUGUUAUUGAUCAGGUACUGGGUGAGAAAGCAUUUGACAAAGUUGGGAAGGGAUUCAUUUCAUUUCACUUCUCCGAUCAACACCCAGGCUCUCGGAAGAAGCUUCUAAUCCUCAAAUUUGCACUUCCAGGCGUCAACAAUAUGGCUGAAAUGACAAGAUUGGUUAACCUCGUACCUUACUACAUUGACUUAAUUGGACGUUACAAACCAAGCUCACAGGCCCGUGCAAAAACCGAAGCUGCCAGAGCAAAAGCUGCGCAAGAGGCAUUUAAAGAAAUGCAAAGUGAGAGGCAAGAAACACUGCAGAAAAAGAAGGCUGAGAAGAAAAAAUUGGUUGAAGAGGCUGAAGCAAAGUUGAGUGCUGAGGCCAUUCGCAAGAAGGAAGAGAAAGAACGCUCUCGUCAAAUGAAGAAGCUAAUGCCUAAGGUUAAGAUGCUUCGAUCCCACUAGGAACACACUAAUCGACUCGCUCCGUCUUGAAACAUCAUUUGAAUGCUGGGUCUCUUGCACUGAGAAGGCUUUAAUAUGGUGUUAGCUUUUUAGGAAUGCUUCUGAUACUUUCUGGACAGUGAAAUCUGAGACAUUAAUCUCCCAAAUAGCAGCUGUUGUUUCUGUUCAUUGUGUUGUUUUCCUAGCUUACUGUUUUAAAUUCAGUCUCUUUUAAUUCAAUUAGGGUAACUGUAGCUUAUUUUUGGUGUGUACAUAAAGCUGCUACUAUUUAUAAGCUGCUAGCCUUGUUUCUUA